GAAGUAAUGCGUACUCUCCUCGGGGAUGAAGGCUGUCGUAUUUGUGUCAACAGUCAGUCCGGUUCUUGUCAUACAUGUUGCUUUGAGGUUCGACUCUCUUUCAGCUAGCUGACGAGUGGACAACUUCCAGCUCCACCGGCUUAGACCACCUGUAUCGGUCCCGUGUGCUUCAGUCAGUGGACCCGUCCCGUAUCGGACCUUGUCGGCAGGAUGGGUAUUUGGCAGUCCUUGUCUGGUCCUCCCGAGUACCGACAACUGGCGGAAACGACAGGCUUCAAUUGUGAGCAGAUCCGAGUUUUACACAAACGAUUCAUGCAGUUGAGCCACAAUGAAGACACCCUACGGAGAGAGCACUUCAACGCCAUCCAAGAUCUGGCCUGGAACCCCAUUCGAACGCAGAUCAUAGAGGCUUUCUUUGACAGGAGAAACUUGAUUCCGCCCGGCGAGGGUUCGAUGGAGGAAAUCCACUUGGAGGAAUUUGUGGUGGUCAUGUCCCACUUCAAGCCGCCGUCACUAAACAUGACGGAUGAGGAGCGGGACAGCGUCCGAAAAGAGAAGCUGAGAUUUUUAUUCAACAUGCAUGACACAGACAAUGAUGGAACCAUAACUCUGGAGGAGUACAGACAUGUGGUGGAAGAGCUCCUCUCUCGCAGUGGGCAAAUCGGCACAAAAAAUGCUAAAAGCAUCGCGGACGCAGCCAUGUUGGAGGUGGCGAGCAUCUCCAUGGGUCACAUGGAGCCUGACGAGUUCUACGAGGGCAUCACUUUCGAGCACUUUCUUAAGCUGCUGGCCACCUUCGAAAUUGAAGCCAAGAUGAAUGUUCGCUUUUUGAAUAUGAACGCAUCCACUGUGUGCAACUGACAUCUCACUGAUGAUGAAAAUUCUUUAUUUUUGGGGAAAUGUAUACAUGUAUGUAUUGUGAACCUUUAUACCCAGGAUAUGUUCCAAGCCCGACCACAGUGUUUAAACUAGGGGUGCACGAUAUCCAUUUUUUGACACUGAUACCGAUAUCGAUAACUUCCUGCUCCUCAAGGCCGAUACCGAUACGAUAACUGAUAAUAUAUAUAUAUAUAAUUUUCCAAUAUGUUUUUGAACACUUGUAGGUCAAAAAUACUAGUGGUUGAUUCAGCAUAGAUUUGUCUUUGACCAAACCGCAAUUUUUAUGAUGACAUGAACAUUAUUAUAAUGAACAAAACAAAAACAAGAACACUUUUGACCUAAAAAAAGUGUCCAUAUUAUUUUUUUUCGAAUAAAUAUAAUUUGACUCAAUCACAAUCAAUCAGUCAUAUCAUUGACGAUGUGUUGCCCUGAACAAUGAGCACUGAUCUAAAACAAACAUAGACCCAACAUGUAUUGUGCUUUGUCAGCAAAUAAAACAUUUGGUGCCACAGGAGAGGAGACUUUUGUUGUCUUGGUCCAUGAAACAACUUUCUUAACCUGGCAAUUAUAGAACAGCAAGCCUAUCAAUAACUAAAAGGCCUCUCAAGAACUUAAACGUAAACAUAACACUGUAAAAUGCAAACAUUUGCUAGUUGCCAUAGUAAGGUUUAUAACUAAUUGAAGGAAAAAUACAGCCUCUAGAACACUAACAUAAUUUUGCAUACUGGCAAAACAGGAGUGGAAACAAACGCUCACAUCCCAAUCCGACACCGUGCCAAAAAUAUUAUUAAUUGGCCCGAUAAUAUAUAAUGUUAUUGGAGUUAUUGGGAUGACGUCAUAAUUCCUAUUAUCGGACCGAUAAUUAUCGUGCACCUCUAGUUUAAACUAAGGGAACCUCGGACUUAAAGACUUGUAAGCUUUAAUAAGCCACAAUUUUUCUCUUUUACGAAAAUAUGUUAUUAGAAACACAAAUAUUCCCAUUGAUUUAAAAAUCUAUAAUAGUUAGUACAUGUUUUUACCUACGGAGGGCGCCAUGUUUUAUGCGCGCAAUGGACGCUCGGGGUGAUGAUGUAGUUUGUCACUGUCACUCGACGAACACUACCGGGUUACUGCGAUUCCUACGCGGCAAGAUGUUCAACACAUGCGCGUAGUGGUUAAAAGCGGCUAGUACUUACUACUUGUGUUUUUUUGAGUCUUUUUUUGCAUGUGUUUCCCUCUCAUACAUUUAAGCAUUGUGUUUUUUUGUGGUAGCUUUAAAGCAGAUUGUUGAUCUGUUGACCACAUGAGUCACUUAGCGUAUUUAAACAACCCUUUUUUUUUUUUUUAAUAUAUAUAUUUCUACGUUUAAAUAUUCAGGCAUCUUUAGUAUGUUUUGUCUGUAUGCAUCUAAACAAAACAAGCUGAAAGCACACGGUAUUAUUUUGUAUGUCAAAUUCGUCUUUUGUAGCACAUUUUGGCAGAACGCAGUUUUUUUUUUUACUCUCAUCUCGUCUCAUCCCGUCUUUCCUGUUCAUUUUGCUUUUACUGCUCGUUUUGUGUAAUAUCGACAUUGCUGUCCUGCUCAUUAAUGUUCCUCCCGGGUUCAAAUUGAAAGGGUUGAACAGAUGACAUUUUUGUGUCGCUAAGAGUUAUACUCUGAAAGGCCGGCAGCGUAACCAAGUGAUGCGAUAUCAACAACGAUGGUAAACUACUACUAGUUAAAUAAAUUUUACAGUUUGUAUAAAAACGAAAACGUCAAGAGGGGUUUUCAUAUCAAAUUAUUUUACAUCUUAAUAAUGUUUAUCUUUUAAGAACUACAAGUCUUUUUAUCCGUGGAUCCCUUUAAAAAGUCAUGAUAUUUUGGCCAUAUUUUAAUUUAACAAUUUAGCAAAAUUAAAAGUAUAAUUUUAUUCCAUUUUAUUUAUUUUUCAAAAGUUUUUAUUAUCACAGCCGGCACGGUGGAUGAGUGGUUAGCACAUCCGGCUCACAGUUCUGAUAUAUAUUUUUUUUUUUUGACUAAAAAAUAUCUUUUGGGUGCACUUUUAAUCACUACAUCAAACAAAAAUGAGCACAUCAUAUAUAGUGUUCCAACUAAACGGUCACUGACGCCCAGCCUGGCUGACAUUUUGCAUUUUUCGACAUCCAAAUAUCCAGUCCAAGCCUCUAAAAGCCAUAUACGCUGCAAGACCUUUACUUGAAAAUCUAUGCAAAUUCAUACAAAACAUGUAUAUUCUUACAUUGUUAUCAUACCGGUUGGUGCUGUGGUGAUGUUAGCAAUAAUAGCGUAAAUCAAAACAACUGUGAUUAUAUGCAAAUGUUGAAAAGACUCGUUAAGCAAACAUUGUUUGAUUAGACAGUGAACGCUAUCGGGGUUAUUAUCGGGUCUCUCAUCAAAUAGCAAUAAAUCAUAUUUACACAUUUUUUC